AGCGCCGAGCGGAGAGAGGGGGUGGCCAUGGAGGGGUCCGGUGCUAUCGGCGCCCCUGCCGCCCGCUGGAAACGCCACAUCGUGCGGCAGCUUCGACAGCGGGACCGCACGCAGAAGGCACUCUUCCUGGAGCUGGUGCCGGCCUAUAACCGUCUUCUAGAGAAGGCUGAGCUGCUGGCCCGGUUCUCAGAGAAGCUACAGCCAGAGCCAAACGAUGUCACUCCUGCUACCCACCAGGGCCCCUGGGAGGAGUCGGGGCCUGACUCAGACCAAGUCCCAUCACCAGCCACUCUGAGGAAGUGGGAAGAGGAGGAGGAGGGGCUCCGGCUGGUCUGUGGAGAGAUGGCCUACCGGGUGGUGGAGAAGAGCGCAGCGCUGGGCGCCCUGGAGGCGGAGCUGGAGCAGCGGCGAGGCAGGCUGGCGGCGCUGGAAGCCCGCGUGGAGCAGCUGCAGGAGGAACGGGCGCAGCAGGCCCAGCGCGUGCACACGCGGCGGGCGCGGAACGCGGCGCUGCGGGCGGCCUACGAGGCGCUGCGCGCGCACGCCGGGCUCCAGGAGGCGGCACUGCGCAGGCUCGAGGAAGAGGCGCGUGACCUGCUGGAGCGGCUCGUGCAGCGCAAGGCGCGCGCCGCCGCCGAGCGCAACCUGCGCAACGAGCGCCACGAGAGGGCCAAGCAGGCGCGGGUGUCCCAGGAGCUGAAGAAGGCUGCCAAGCGGACCGUGAGCAUCAGCGAGAGACCAGACAUCCUAGGCAAUGGGAUCAAGGAGCAGGCCCAGACUCUGGCCCUGGCUGCUGCUGAGCCGGUGUCCCUGGAGAGUGAGGCUGGAGAGAAGUGGAAGAGGCCCUUCAGGUCUGCCUCCGCCACCUCCCUGACGCUGUCCCACUGUGUGGAUGUGGUGAAGGGCCUUCUGGAUUUCAAGAAGAGGAGAGGCCACUCAGUUGGGGGAGCCCCUGAGCAGCGAUACCAGUGCAUCCCUGUGUGCGUGGCUGCCCGACUUCCUACCUGUGCUCAGGAUGUGCUGGAUACCCACCUCUCGGAGGUCAAUGCUGUUUGUUUUGGCCCCAACAGCAGCUUCCUGGCGACCGGAGGAGCUGACCGCCUCAUCCACCUCUGGAAUGUUGUGGGAGGUCGCCUGGAGGCCAACCAGACCCUCGAAGGAGCUGGUGGCAGCAUCACCAGUGUGGACUUUGACCCCUCGGGCUCCCAGGUAUUGGCAGCUACUUACAAUCAGGCUGCCCAGCUCUGGAAGGUUGGGGAGGCACAGUCCAAGGAGACACUGUCUGGACACACGGACAAGGUGACAGCUGCCAAAUUCAAGCUAACGAGGCACCAGGCGGUAACUGGGAGCCGAGACAGGACCGUGAAGGAGUGGGACCUCGGCCGCGCCUACUGCUCCAGGACCAUCAAUGUCCUUUCCUACUGUAACGACGUGGUGUGUGGGGACCAUGUCAUCAUUAGUGGCCACAAUGACCAGAAGAUCCGGUUCUGGGACAGCAGGGGCCCCCGCUGCAUCCAGGUCAUCCCCGUGCAGGGCCGGGUCACCUCCCUGAGCCUCAGCCAUGACCAGCUGCAUCUGCUCAGCUGUUCCCGUGACAACACACUCAAGGUCAUCGACCUGCGUGUCAGCAAUAUCCGCCAGGUGUUCAGGGCUGAUGGCUUCAAGUGCGGUUCUGACUGGACCAAAGCUGUGUUCAGCCCGGACAGAAGCUAUGCACUGGCAGGUUCCUGGGACGGAGCCCUUUACAUCUGGGAUGUAAACACUGGGGAACUGGCGAGUAGCCUUCGGGGACCCCACUGCGCUGCUGUCAACGCCGUGGCCUGGUGCUACUCCGGGAGCCACGUGGUGAGCGUGGACCAGGCCAGGAAGGUUGUGCUCUGGCACUAGUGCCACAACCCCCUGCCCGGACUGGAGCUCUAGCCUGAAGCCAGAGGACAACUUCCCCCUACUCCACGGUGCUCCAGAGGCGGGGGGCGGGGGGUGUUGGGUAGGGGUGGCCUCAGGGCAUUUAGUGGGGAAGAAGGCCUGGCAGGACCUGGCCUGUUUGUUUAAAAACAAAGUGUGGGUUGGAGGGAAUUACAGUAUUUGUUUGUUUAUCUUUGUCUCCUCACUUUUUCUGCUAAGAGUGGAAAAAAAUUGCAUCUAAA